AUGGAAGUCGACAACACCUCGGACACGUCGAGCGAGGAUUCCGACCACCGGCCGGAAGAUGACAACGCGGGUGUCGGCCGGUCCUACGAGUGCGCUUUCUGCAAGCGUGGCUUCACUAACGCUCAGGCUCUCGGCGGCCACAUGAACAUCCAUAGAAAGGACAAAUUGAAGGCCGCCAAGCAGAACAAUAACAUCUCUCAUCAUCAUCAUCAUCAUCAUCAUCAAGAACAAUCUCAUUCAACAAAGCAGCACCACUGUUAUUCUUAUACAGAUACAAAGGCGGCGCCGCCGCCUUACCACCAGUUUAAUUACUCGCCGCCGUCAAACCCUAGCUACCAACAAGUUUAUUAUCAUCAUACGAGGACGUACGGAGAUUUCAUGGGUGCUAAUGAUCUUAGCCUGAGAGUGGGUCCUUCAAACAUGGAAGACGACGACGAAGAUGAAGGGAGAAAGGAAGAAUCUGAUGAUGACGAGGAGGAAACUGAGGUGGAUUUGGAACUCCGUUUAGGACGUCACAAAUACCGGUAA